CUUCUGCGCCGGCCUCCGGCUCAGCCGAGCGGAGCGGCGGGAUCAUAGAGCGCGGCGUCUGGCGGUACAGAGCGGCCGGGGGGCGGAGCCGCUCCACUCCAGCCCCCUCCAGUAAACAGUCGCUAACAUGGCGGCUCGGAGGCCUCGCUCCGCGUCGGAGCACGACUGUGAUGAUGAUUCGUAUGAAGUAUUGGAUUUAACAGAAUAUGCAAGGCGUCACCAUUGGUGGAAUCGUGUGUUUGGCCGAAAUUCUGGACCAAUUGUAGAAAAGUAUUCUGUAGCCACUCAGAUUGUAAUGGGCGGAGUGACUGGCUGGUGUGCAGGAUUUUUGUUCCAGAAAGUUGGAAAACUUGCAGCAACUGCAGUAGGUGGUGGAUUUCUUCUACUUCAGAUUGCCAGUCAUAGUGGGUAUGUGCAAGUUGACUGGAAGAGAGUUGAAAAAGAUGUAAACAAAGCAAAAAGACAGAUUAAAAAACGUGCAAACAGGGCAGCACCUGAAAUCAGCACCCUCAUUGAAGAGUCAACAGAAUUUAUCAAACAGAAUAUAGUAGUAUCCAGUGGAUUUGUUGGAGGCUUUUUGUUAGGACUUGCAUCUUAAGGACCUGAAUUUUGUCUUCCUGGUGGCAUCAACCACAACAAAGAACAGUAGUAGUGAUUAGUGCACUGUCUUAAAGCAAAGCAGUGUGGGUCACUGAUCGCUCCAGAGCAAAGAGAAUGGACUAGCCAGAGAAACUGGAAGCUUUUAUGUUUUAGGCUUUUGCCUUCUGAUGCUUGGCAUAAGAUUUGCCGAAAAACUGCAGUGUGCUCAUAAUAGCAGUUCUGGACAAAACUGGUUAAUUUUCAUCAUGACUUUUUUAUUCUGUGACCAUUCAGAAAAUAGCAUUUUUAAAAUGUAAUUUGUGGGAUAUAGCUAUGUUACAGUAAUGUAAGAAGGAAAUCUCCAUUUUCAAUCUGAAUGUUUUCCAGUUAAAUGUUGCUUUAUCUUUAUUUAAAAGGUAUUGUCCUUCAUGCUGUAGUUAAUAGUGCCAAUGACUAAUAAUGUAUACAAUGUGUAGCUUCAGCUGCAGGGCUGACAAUCUUCCUUAGAAAUCACUGCAAUAAUCUAUAAAUCUGUAAUAACUUUUUACGGAAGUAUUAAGUAACAAAGAAUCAUGAGCAUAUUAAAGGUGAAAAUCAAACCUU